AUGCAGUCUCCAAAGACCAGUUCGUCCGUCGCGCAGUCGGCCGCAGUUGCAUCUUCUGAGGCUGCGUCUCCAUCGGGCAGCCCGGCCAGAGGCGGCCCCGCGGGCGCGGAGGGAGAUGCGUUGCUGCUGCCGCCCUCCUCGCCCAGCUCCGUCGUCUCGUCCGCCACCUUCACGAGGUCUCCUGCCCUGCCCCAGGGCGGCGCGGGGGCGGCGGCCGGCGGGUGCGCGUUCGCGCGGCGCGUGGGGAGCCUGCCCGCGGUGCGAGCCUUGCUGGGCGUGUACGACGGCGCCAAGGCCUACCCGGUGGUCGGCUGGGCCUUAACGGCGUGCGAGAAGGUGGCCUUGCUGGCGAGCGCGGUGUGCAGGCCGGUGGCGGUCCUGUGCCGACCGCCCGUGUCCUGCGCAGACUGGUGCUUGUGCAAGACUCUGGACGUGACGGAGGCGCUCUUUCCGUGCGUGUCGAUGGCCCCGAACGAGGUGUACAACGGUGCUCGGCAGCGUGUAGUGGACUGUGUGUGCUGGCCGCCUCGCGCGGCUGGAAGAUGUCUGGCCAGAGUUUGCCCAGGUUCUCAUAUGGACUAACACUGCUUCGUAUUUAGUUUCAUGAAUGUAAUUUUAAGUUAUGUAAUUUUAGAAAUUCUGUACUUC